AUGGACGUCGUCUCCGCGGUGUCUGGCUACAUCUCCAAGAUGGUCACUGCGGGCGAUCCAUCGGCAUCAGGCCCGUCUACAACCAAGAUGAAGAUCUUACUACUUGACAGUGAGACAGUACCGAUUGUAUCGACGGCCAUCACUCAAUCCGCCCUGCUAAACCAUGAGGUAUACCUGAUCGACCGACUGGACAACUCUGCUCGAGAGAGAAUGCGACAUUUACGCUGCCUUUGCUUCGUGCGGCCGUCCCCGACAUCCAUCCAGCUCCUCAUCGACGAACUCCGCGAGCCGAAGUACGGCGAGUAUUACAUCUACCUUAGCAACAUUAUCCGCAAAUCCUCAUUGGAGCGUUUGGCCGAAGCCGAUGUGCACGAAGUCGUACGGGUCAUGCAGGAGCAAUUUGCGGAUUUCCUUGUGAUUAAUCCCGACCUUUGUUCUCUGAAUCUAGGUUAUCCGAGCCAGCGACUUUGGGCCAAUUCACCAGACGUAUGGAACGCGGACGCGCUACAGAGAACCACGGAGGGCGUAAUUGCGACGUUACUUUCCCUGAAGAAGAAUCCGUUAAUUCGAUAUGAGAAAAAUAGCCUGUUGGCCAAGAAGCUGGCAACAGAAGUUCGCUAUCAGCUGACACAGGAGGAGCAGCUCUUCAAUUUUCGCAAAACCGAUACCUCUCCGAUCCUACUUAUUCUCGACCGUCGCGAUGAUCCAAUAACGCCGCUCCUCACACAAUGGACAUACCAGGCCAUGGUACAUGAAUUAAUGGGGAUUCAUAAUGGGCGGGUAGACCUUCGAGAUGUCCCAGAAAUUCGCCCUGAGUUACGGGAAAUCGUUCUUUCUCAAGACCAGGAUCCGUUCUUUAAGAAGAAUAUGUACCAGAAUUUCGGUGAUCUCGGCCAGAAUAUCAAAGAAUACGUGGAACAGUAUCAAGUGAAGACACAAAACACAAUGAAUAUUGAGUCUAUUGCCGAUAUGAAGCGCUUCGUGGAAGACUACCCCGAGUUUCGAAAGCUUUCAGGAAACGUGAGCAAACAUGUCACGCUGGUCGGCGAGCUUAGUCGGCAGGUAGGGGAAGAUACCCUGCUCGAUGUGAGUGAACUUGAACAGAGCUUGGCUUGUAACGACAAUCAUAAUAGCGAUCUAAAGAAUUUGCAAAGGAUCAUUCAAAUACCCACAGUACCUGCUGAGAAUAAGCUGCGCUUAGUAGCCUUAUAUGCUAUCAGAUACGAGAAACAACCUUCAAACGCUCUUCCGAUCCUGCUUGACCUGCUCGUCACGGCGGGAAAUGUCCCAUCGCACCGUGUGAACAUCAUACCAAAGAUACUCGCCUACCACCAUUCUCUCCAAGCUCCGCCUAUUGCUGGCGGCUUCUCUGACCUCUUUGAAUCUACAUCGCUGUUUUCCGGUGCCCGGGACAGGUUUAAGGGGUUAAAGGGAGUUGAGAAUGUGUACACGCAACAUUCGCCUCGGCUAGAAGCAACCCUACAAAAUUUAAUCAAGGGCAAACUCAAGGAGCUCCAAUAUCCAUUCUUAGAGGGUGGCGGUCAUAUCCGAGACAAACCGCAAGACAUUAUUAUAUUCAUGGUUGGCGGAACGACGUAUGAAGAAGCGAAAAUGGUAACCCAAGUUAAUGCCAGCUCCCCGGGUAUACGGGUAGUUUUGGCCAGCACCUCCAUCCACAACAGCAAAAGUUUUCUUGAGGAAGUCGACGAUGCUGUCAGCGGGUGGCCCGAACCUGCGUCUUCCACUGCCGCUGGACGGCUUCGGAGAGAGAUCGGACACUAG